AUGGCUGCUGCAAUUUCAACUAUCUCAGAGAGCAAGGAGCUCCGCGGCCUCAACUUGAUUGCUGCGCAUUCGCACAUUCGAGGUCUCGGCGUCGAUGUCGAUACCCUGCAGCCCAGGACCUCGUCUCAGGGCUUGGUGGGCCAAGAGAAAGCGAGAAAGGCAGCUGCCGUGAUAUUGCAGAUGGUCAAAGAAGGAAAAAUUGCUGGUCGCGCGGUUCUGAUCGCUGGUCCCCCCAGCACAGGAAAGACGGCGAUUGCAAUGGGAAUGGCACAGUCGCUGGGAGCUGAUGUACCAUUCACUACACUCGCAUCAUCCGAAAUAUUUUCCCUCGAGAUGUCGAAAACAGAAGCGCUCACCCAAGCCUUUCGUAAGUCGAUUGGCGUUCGCAUCAAGGAGGAAAGUGAAAUAAUUGAGGGCGAAGUGGUGGAGAUUCAGAUUGAUCGAAGUAUAACCGGGGGCAACAAACAAGGAAAGGUCACCAUCAAGACUACCGAUAUGGAAACGAUUUACGACAUGGGCACUAAGAUGAUCGAUUCAAUGACUAAGGAGCGCGUGAUGGCCGGUGAUGUUAUUUCUAUCGACAAGUCUUCCGGCAAGAUUACCAAACUAGGUCGCUCCUAUGCUCGUUCAAGAGACUACGAUGCCAUGGGCCCCGACGCAAAAUUUGUGCAAUGCCCCGAGGGCGAACUUCAAGUUCGCAAGGAGAUCGUUCAUACCGUCAGCCUCCAUGAGAUUGAUGUCAUCAAUUCUCGCACCCAGGGUUUCCUUGCCCUAUUCUCAGGUGAUACCGGUGAAAUUAGAAGCGAGGUUCGGGAUCAGAUAAAUACCAAAGUUGCUGAGUGGAAAGAGGAAGGCAAAGCUGAGAUCAUCCCGGGUGUUUUGUUUAUCGACGAGGUUCAUAUGCUAGAUAUUGAAUGCUUCGCAUACAUCAACCGCGCAUUGGAAGCUGAGCUGGCCCCGAUUGUGAUCAUGGCCAGCAAUCGCGGAAACACACGCAUUCGGGGAACCACUUAUCGAUCGCCACAUGGUUUGCCACUGGACUUUUUGGACCGCGUUGUUAUUGUCAGCACUCAACCUUACACAUCUGAGGAAAUACGCCAGAUCCUCGCGAUCCGAGCUCAAGAGGAAGAGGUUGACCUCUCACCUGAUGCUCUGGCUUUGCUGACGAAGAUCGGUCAAGAAUCUGGCCUACGUUAUGCCAGCAACAUCAUCACAACUUCUCAACUGCUCAGUGAAAAGCGAAAGGCCAAAGAAGUUGGCAUUGAUGAUAUCCAGCGCAGCUUCCGACUAUUCUACGACCCUGCAAGAAGUGUCAAAUUCGUCACCGACUUUGAGAAGCAAUUCAUCAGCGAAGAUGGUGCCGUCAAUCUCUCAUACGUUAACGGUGACGCGAUGGAAAUCUCGUAG